GCGCACCUGACAGUUGCACGGACAAGAGUCGCGAGCACAAGGACUACUCACUCUCUCGAGACACACACUACGGACAACAUGAAGCGAAAUCAAGACUUUAGCUCCUCUGACAGCGAGCUAGAUGAAAUUGAGGUUGAGAAGGAGAGCGGCGACGAGAAUGGCAGUCUCAGCUCACCACUGGGAUCAGUCUCGCCCUCCACUACCACUCAGGUGCAGGCGAGAAAGCGUCGGCGUGGGAUUAUCGAGAAACGCCGCCGUGACCGUAUAAAUAACAGUCUGACGGAACUGAGAAGACUGGUGCCAACUGCUUUCGAAAAACAGGGUUCUGCCAAGCUGGAGAAGGCUGAGAUUCUGCAGAUGACGGUGGACCACCUCAAGAUGCUUCAUGCGGCAGGUGGCAAAGGCUUUUUCGACGCCCACGCCCUGGCGAUGGACUACCGCGGCCUGGGCUUCCGCGAGUGCCUGGCCGAGACGGCCCGCUACCUGAGCAUCAUCGAGGGCCUGGACAGCGCCGACCCUCUCCGCAUCCGCCUGGUGUCCCACCUCAACAGCUACGCCCUGCAGCGCGAGGUCCACGCCGGCCUGGCUCACCACCCGCCGCCGCACCACCCCCAUGCCCAUCCCCACGCCCAUCCCCAUCCGCACCACCUGGGCUGGGGCUCCGCGUUCGGGGCGCCUGCCCCUCCUCCACCUCCUCCACACACCCACCUGGCACCCCCACACCUGCUCCUGCCGCAGGCUCCUAGCGUGGUGGUGGCAGCAGCAGCAGCAGCGGCAGCAGCUACAACUCGGAGAACUGGAAGCCCACCUUCGUUAUCAUCAUCAUCAUCAUCCUCAUCCUCAGCUUCGUCAUCAGGAUCACCAGCUGUGUCAUCAUCAUCAUCUUUGUCAUCGUCAUCGUCACGUGUGACACCCAGCAGCUCUCCAUCUUCCUCUUCCCCGUCUUCCUCCUCUUCCUCCUCCUCUGAGCCGUCAGUUCCCAGCAGGCUGAGCAGCAGUGCCGCCCACCCCGAUGCACCCCACUCCGGACCCCUCCGUGUGCCCGCGAGUGCCGCUCUGCCCCCCAGCCUGACCAGGGCAUCACCCACCACCUCCCAUCACACUUCCAGCUCCACCGCCGUUAGUGGAGGCAGCAGCAGUAGAGGAGGAGAGGCUGCGUCGUCCAAGCUGCCUCCCCCACUCCUGAGCUCCCUGUCUGGGCUGUCCGCGUUCCCCUUCCCCCUGGGUGCUUUCCCUCUCCUGGCUCCCCGCUCCCUGUCUCCUUCCUCCCCAUCCUCCUCCUCCUCCUCCUCCUCCAUGGCAGCGGUGACCGCCGCCAGCCUGGCCAAGCCCUACCGGCCCUGGACCAUGGAGAUUGGAGCCUUCUGAACUCUCCACUUUGAACUUUGACCCCCCUGAAAACCCCUGUUCGUUAGAGUGCGUGGACCAGUCGAAAACGAACUCUCACGUCUCUCAUGCCGAUGCAAAGGUCGCAUAAAAGGACAAAAAGUUCUAGCCAGUGAAUUUACAAUUGCUAAAUGUUUUUCAGUCGUGUUUGUAGAGUGCGUUCGUUUCCGAUCAUGAGAGACUGAACUCCUGAAAUACUCUUAUUUUCUAUAUUAAGCCAUAGGCUGUUUUCUUCAGCGUUUUUGUCUCUUUUUUUGCUACAGUCCUCUCUUCUGUUACACACACACACACACACACACACACACACACACACACACACACACACACACACACACACACACACACACACACACACACACACACACACACACACACACAAUCAAAGCAGCCCCUAGCCUACCCAUUACAUAAUGAGACAUGUGUGGAUCCACGGCUCUAUAAUCUUAGAACGCCUUCCCCUUCCCUCUGAAGACAACCCCCCACCCCCCACAAA